CGCAAGCUCCCGGCUGAGCUCCUCCGCGACUGGUCCCGGCGGCCCGGGCUCGGCUUUCCCCUUGGGCUCGAAGGAGCGGGCGGUGCGGGCCGCCGAGGCCGCCUCUGAGGCUCGGUUUCCUCACACAGCGCGGAAGUCAACACCCCGGCUAAAAAGGGAAAGGAGAGUCCCAUCCGUCCAUGUCCCCCCCCUCGCCUCCCUUCCCUAAAACACCCAAGAAUCGCACAAUACGUCACCCCCUUUCAGGGCGUGAGGCAUCCAACUAUAGAAAACCUGGCUUAAGUACAGCCCAGCGGAAGAAAAGUGGCUUGAAACCUGAACUUACAGAAGAGCAAAAGCAGGAGAUCAGAGAAGCUUUUGAUUUGUUUGAUACUGAUGGAUCUGGAAGCAUCGACGUAAAAGAACUGAAGGUUGCGAUGCGAGCUUUAGGCUUCGAGCCAAAGAAAGAAGAAAUUAAGAAAAUGAUAGCAGAUAUUGACAAAGAAGGAAGUGGCACCAUUGACUUUGAAGACUUUUUGGCUAUGAUGACACAAAAAAUGAGUGAAAAGGAUUCAAAAGAAGAAAUCUUGAAAGCUUUCAGAUUAUUUGAUGAUGAUGGGACAGGAAAAAUCUCAUUCAAAAACUUGAAAAGGGUUGCCAAGGAGCUGGGAGAAAAUUUAACAGAUGAAGAACUUCAGGAAAUGAUCGAUGAAGCUGACCGAGAUGGAGAUGGAGAAGUGAGUGAGCAAGAAUUUUUGAGAAUAAUGAAGAAAACUAGCUUAUAUUAAUAUUUGUUGCCUUGCUAUACACAGCUGCUCCAAAAGAUAACCUGGAAAAGACUUAAAAACUGGGCUUGUUUCUCCUGCUUAUUUUCUGCCAUAUAAAGAAAGUCUGAAAGGACAGAUUUUUGGUUCAUUCUCUUUUUCAGCAAAGUUAAUUGGGGAAGUGGGGCUUCAGUACCCAGAACUGUUAAAAUGAGAUACUGCAGAAGUGAAAAGGAAGGAUGAACUGAACCUGCAAGGCAGGGUCCCUUCUCCUCCCCCCUCAGCAAUUUCACUGAUUGCCAGUUUGGAUAAAGAACACUGUGUUUCAACUAUUUCCCUGAAGGACAUCUCACUUGAGAUGUGAAGAUCCCCACUGCUAAUGGGAAAGGCCACUUUUGACUUUCCUAAGGCUACAGACUGAAAGUACAAGCACAGUGUUUUUAUUCCUUUUAAGGCUUUUGGGUUAUCUUUUGGUAUUGGUCUACUUCUGUUUAUUUCCAUGAAAGACUCUAAAACCAAUUGCAAAGCUCUCUUUAUUUCUGUAUGAAACACUGUUUUCUCCUGGCAAAUAAUUUUUAGACCUAAUGGGAAGCAAAUGUAGAUAACCAGAUUUGGCUCUUCCUUUCGAGCUGUGUGCCAUCAGUAGAUGUUCUUCAGUUUAUCUGUUCAUCUGAAACCUAGUUUACUUGAAUGUAACCUGCUUGGAUUAUCAAAAGUUUCUGGUAUAACCAGUCAACAUCUUGUGCCAUUGUUCUUACUCCCAAGACAUUACGGAGCUGCUGUGAUACCAGGAUUUUAGGUACCAAAAAGGUUCAUUUUUAUGGUGCACUAGGGUAGAUUUUGUCUUUGGCUGUUUACAGCCAAGUCACAGGGAGGACUCUCAUCUGAAGUGAAGAAAGAGCUCACCUUGGACAUCUGUGGAACACUGAAAGUAUUUAGAUCCAUGCAAUCCACAUUCAUUUCAGAUAUGACAGGUUGGGUUCUUUUAGGAGUACCUUCAUUUUCUUGACUAUUUCUUGCAUAUACUGUCAGUCUAAGACUUACUGGGGAGCUACAUUUCCUUCUGUACUAUGGUGACAGGGCAGUGACACACAACAUGACAUCCGAUUAUGUGAUUCUGCAAGAGGGUUUAUCCUUGGGUCCUGAUCAGACAAUCAGCUUCAAAACUGCUAGAAAAUGGUAUGAUCCUACAUCACGUGUCUCUCUAACAAGGCGCCUGAAGGAGAGUUUGUUACUGCUCACAGUGAAGUGGCAAGUAGGUAGAAACAUUUCAGAAGGGUUCAGUGGGAAGAGGAGGGAAAGAGCGGUAUUUCAGCAGUAUUGGUGAAGAUUCCGUUUUUGUUAGACACCUUCUGCUGCUUGACAGCGCUCGGGAGGUUUGCAGAAGGGCAGAGCCAGCUCUGGGCUUAGCUCCUUGCCAGAACUGCUGCAGCUCUCCCCAGUGGUGAGGGCCCAGCAGGGGGAAAAUUAAUUUUGGGAGCAGAAAGGAGACAUCUUCACUUGCCUAUCUUUUUCUCAGCAUGCAAAAGAACAUUCUGCCCCAGUCUCUGAACAACUCCAAACAGACCCUCUCUAACCUGUACAGAAGUAGGCUUAAACCUGUGGGAGAACAGGGACCAUGUAGGACCCUGGAAAACUCAGACACACCUGUGAAGUCCGCUAUUAACACAUUCAGUGGGAGUAGAUGUAACCUAUAGCACUGGAAGCAUUUUAAAAUGUCUAUUAACUUUGUAUAAGUGUGAAAUAAAACUGUUUUGAAAGUUA